AUGGCGGGGCCGGAGCUUGGGCUGCUCUUCCAGCAGCGCUUCCUGGCGGCGCGGCGGCUCCGCGGCAUGCCCUGGGCGGAACUGGAGCAGCAGCUGACGGCCGCCCCGCAGCGCUCCCAGUCCUCCCUGCUCUCAGACAUCCUGCACCAGACCGUUCUCCACCCGCUCUGUGUGCGGUUUCCCCCGCCCGCCUCCUACAGACGCCGUUUCCUCACCGAGCUCAUUAAGAAGCACGAAUCCACGGCGGCCGACCCCCUGGAUGAGCUGUAUGAUGCGUUGGCACCUAUCUUAAAUGAGGAAGAAUCCACUCGCUGCUACAAAAGCUACUUACUGCCCUCAGGAGAAGCCGUGACCCUUUCUGAGAGUGUGGCCAUUAUCUCGCAGGGAACCACAGGGCUCAUCACAUGGGAUGCUGCUCUGCAUCUCGCUGAGUGGGCAAUGGAGAACCCCAAGUUUUUCACUAACAGGACAGUCUUGGAAUUAGGAAGUGGAGUCGGCUUCACUGGACUUGUGAUCUGCAAAACCUGCAAUCCCAAGACGUACGUGUUCAGCGACUGCCACCAUGCUGUCCUCAAACAGCUGACAGAAAACAUCCGUUUGAAUGGCUUCACCCUGGAGCCUGAAACUACGAAUCCAGCCCAAGGGCAGGAGGCAGAAGGGCAGGAAUAUCAGCAGCCCAAACUCCUUGUUGCAGAGCUCGACUGGGGUUCAGUAACAGAACAGCAACUGCUGGCUCUGCACGCAGAUGUCGUCAUUGCAGCAGAUGUGGUGUAUGAUCCAGAGGUAACCUUAGCCCUUAUUGGCGUGCUACAGAAGUUCUCCACUUCAAGAGCAGAUAGAAAACCUGACAUCUAUGUUGCUUUGACGGUCCGUAACGCAGACACUUACCACGUGUUCCAGGCUGAACUUGAUAAAGCUGGGAUCAGAUGGCAGAUUAUCCCAGCCCACAGCAGUAAUAUUUUUCUCCAUGACACCCAGCCCAACGUGACUGUCCUGCAACUAUUGGUAUAGAUUUGGUAAAUACAGCACAGGAUUUCAGAGCAGCAGGAGCUAUCUUAUCCUUGCUCCAAGACUGUCUUACAUUCUGGAAGCCUGUGAGAGGCAUGCACCAAGAACACCCUUCUGCACGUACCUCAUAUGCACCAGCUGCUGUCAAGAUGAGCGAUGUUUCUGCCUGCAGUUGCCAGCAUGCGAGCGAGCAGCUGCGCCUUAGAAGCAUCUGUGCAGCACAAGCUGUACAGAAAAGCACCCUAAUUGUGAUGCACUUCGAUUCUGUAGAGCUGAAUUCAAUUAUUCAAAUGCAGUUUUGAUUUGUAAACGACACAGACUCGCCCCGUGCUCCUGCAGCUGUGCGUCUCAUACUGACCAAGGAGCAGAGCAGUGUUUUAUAAUAAACGUUUUUAAUACUAAAA